CGUGGAGACGGCACGGGUCCCGCGCUAUAAAAGCAGCCACAGCGCCAGGCCGCCGUUAAGCAGACACGCCGCCUUGAGAGACAGAUGGGUAGUCAGGGAGACGUGGUCACUCCAGGAGGAACCGGAAGCCCAGGAGGCCGCCUGGCCAACACCUCUUACAGGUCCUCGUAUGGCAAGGAAGGCUUCAGUCCAUGUCUAGGCCAUCAUUACGGGACAGGGUACUCUGCCAACCUGAGACCUGCUGUUAACUACAGCCCCAGCCUGGACCACACUGACAACCCACAGCUAGGGCGUUCUCUGCUGGAUAGUUUCCAGUCUCAGACUAAGCGCCACUUCCAGCCUCUGACCAGACCUGAUGGGUCAGAGACCCUGCCCUGCCCCAGUGGACAGAUCAGAGAGAGUGGAUACCUACAGCUCAACAUACGGCCUACAGCAAAUGUAUCUUUCCAGACAGAGUAUGAGGAACACUUUGUUCCCCAUCGUCCCAGACCACCAGUUUCACAGAAGCACCAGUUAGUGGGAGCCCAAGGAGAGAGCGGUUUCCCUGAGGGGAUGGCCCUGCAACCCAACACCUUUCUGCCCCAGUACCACAUGGGCGAUCCUAGGAGGACUGAGAACUCUGUGAUGAGAGAUGACUUCCUGCCUAUAUCCUUUCUUCAGGGCUCUGAGAUGCUCCCCAGGCUGGUCAGUAGAGUCCCCAGAGAAACAGGCUUCACCAGGGACACAUUGGACCCUCUGGCCUGUCUAGCCUCUCUGUUACCUGGCUCUGGGACUCAGAAGAUCAGCUCACCUGCCGAGAAGAAGUUGAUUGGGAUGAAGGAGCGUUCAGGAUUCAUCCUCAACACACCAAACCUGAAAAACCUGUCACACACACCGUCCGAACCCUCACGCUUCCGCACUCACUACCAGACCAAGUUCUGUGACGUUUCAGCGCUAGAGAACCUAAGAGCAGGCUGGACGAGAGGAGGCAUCCACAAGCACAGGACCAAUGGUUACACUGGGAGAGACACAGACAGGUUUAACCUCAGGCACUGACUGUCAAGGUACAAAGUCAGACAUCAGAUCACCCAUUAAAUACCCUUAAUAUAUUUCCAACUGGCUAACAGAGAUGGUGUUUUCAGCUGAUAAUGGCAUGGGCGCUGCUAUUUCCAUCCAAAUAAAACGGUUGAUUUUUAUCAAUUGGAU